AUGGCUGCAGCUGCACAACCUGUGUAUUGGCUGGGGAAUGACACCUUGAGGGUGUCUGCAGCUCUCUUUGCAGAGAACCGCCAGCGUCUGUGUAAAGGGCUGAAGGCCUCAGCGGCAGUGCAGCCUCAGAGCCUGGUGCUGCUGCAGGGCGGAGAGCAGAAGCAAAGAUACUGCACCGACACUGACUUGCUCUUCAGACAGGAGUCAUACUUUCACUGGGCCUUUGGAGUCACUGAGCCUGACUGUUAUGGAGCUGUGCAUGUGGACUCUGGAAAAUCCAUCCUUUUCGUUCCCAAACUCCCUGAUAGUUAUGCAACGUGGAUGGGAGAAAUCUUCACUAGGGAUCACUUCAAACAGAAGUAUGCUGUGGAUGAGGUCCACUUCACCACUGAUAUUGCUGAUGUGUUGUCCAACCUGAAACCAGCUCUGCUCCUCACACUGAGGGGACUGAACACAGACAGCGGGAGCAUCUGCCGCGAGGCUUCAUUCCAGGGAAUUAGCAGCUUCCAGGUCGACAACACCCUUCUGCACCCGGUCAUUGUGGAAUGCCGUUUGCAGAAGACUGAUAUGGAGUUGGAAGUGUUGCGCUACACCAACCGAAUUUCCAGUGAAGCCCACAAAAUGAUAAUGAAAAAUGUGAAACCAGGCCAGAAGGAAUAUGAAAUGGAAAGUCUCUUCCAGCACUACUGCUACACUAAGGGAGGGAUGCGACACACCUCAUAUACCUGCAUUUGUGGAACGGGACACAACGCUUCCAUUCUCCACUAUGGACACGCCGGGGCCCCAAAUGACAAGACUAUUAAGGAUGGAGACAUGUGCCUCUUUGAUAUGGGUGGAGAAUACUACUGCUACUCCUCCGACAUCACCUGCUCGUUCCCUGCCAAUGGCAAAUUCACCGCAGACCAACGGGCCAUCUAUGAAGCUGUCCUCAAGUCGUCCAGAGCUGUCAUGGCCGCUAUAAAACCAGGGGUGAAGUGGACUGACAUGCACCGUCUCGCCGACCGCGUUCACCUGGAGGAGCUGCUGAGGAUCGGCAUCCUGAAUGGAAGUGUUGAAGACAUGAUGAAGGUCCAUAUGGGCUCUGUCUUUAUGCCCCAUGGUCUCGGCCAUCUGCUUGGGAUCGAUGUGCACGACGUGGGAGGCUACCCCGAGGGCACAGAGCGCAUUGACGAGCCUGGGCUGAGAAGUCUGCGGAUGGGUCGUCUCGUACAAGAGCGUAUGGUCCUCACGGUGGAGCCUGGGAUAUAUUUUAUCAAUCACCUUCUGGACCAGGCCCUCGCUAACCCCGCUCAGAGCUGCUUCAUCAACAACCAAGAGCUGGCCCGUUUCCGUGGCUUUGGAGGGGUUCGUAUUGAGGAUGACAUCGCAGUGACGGCUGAUGGCAUGGAGCUGCUGACCUGUGUGCCUCGGACAGUGGAAGAAAUUGAAGCAUUCAUGGCCGACUCCGCCAAAGCCUUCAGUCCUGUCACCAGCAACGAGAAAUAA